GGGCGGCUCGGCGGCGGGUCUGCGGGCCCCAUGGGCGGGUGUGUGGGCUCCCACCACGACUCCUCGGGCAGCCUCAACGAGAACUCGGACGGCACCGGAGUGGCUCUUGGUCGGAACCAGCCCCUGAAGAAGGAGAAGCCCAAAUGGAAGAGCGAUUACCCCAUGACGGACGGGCAGCUCCGCAGUAAGAGGGAUGAAUUCUGGGACACAGCCCCGGCCUUUGAGGGCAGGAAGGAGAUUUGGGAUGCCCUCAAAGCUGCUGCCCACGCCUUUGAGAGCAACGACCACGAGCUGGCACAAGCAAUCAUUGAUGGUGCAAACAUAACACUGCCCCAUGGUGCUCUCACGGAGUGUUACGAUGAACUGGGCAACCGCUACCAGCUCCCUGUCUACUGCCUUGCCCCCCCCAUCAACAUGAUCGAGGAGAAGGGUGACCUGGAGACUCUGGACAUCCCUGAGCCCCCUCCCAACUCCGGGCACGAGUGCCAGCUCCGCCUGCGCCUGUCCACGGGCAAGGACCUGCGGCUGCUGGUGCGCAGCAUGGACACCGUGUACCACAUGAAGCGGCGGCUGCACGCCGUGGAGGGAGUGGAGCCGGGCAGCCAGCGCUGGUUCUUCUCUGGGAGACCCCUGGCAGACAAAAUGAAACUGGAGGAGCUGAAAAUCCCAAAGGACUACGUGGUGCAAGUCAUCGUGAGCCAGCCCUUAGCAAAUCCCACCCCGGUGGAAAACUGAGCGCUGCUCUCGUUCGGUUCUUCUCUGCUGCGUCUCCGUUCUGGGGUUUGGUUUUGCUGCCCUCUCUUCUUUCUGGGGUUGUCCUGCUCGUGGAUGGGUUGUGAGGAAUGACCAGCAAAAAAAAAAAAAUUCCAUCUGUGAUGGAGAUCUGCAAAAAUGUACAAAAGUAACCUGGCCUCUGGGGUUUGCCCCAUCUCGUACUGAAGGCGACAGCGGCGGGGCAGGGCAAAGGAAGGGAAGGGCAAAGAGGGAGGGACGAGGCUGUUCUUCACUUCAUGCAGGUGUGUAAUGGUCCUGGAACUAUCAGUGGUGUCCUGAUCCACGAGGCCAGAGCAACAGAGAGCACUUUUAUUUAAAAACCCAACUUCAAACGGAAUCCAUGUUUCCAGUUCCGUAUCAGCAGCACACACAGUUCCUGCAGGGAGGAGCCCGAUGGUCACAGGGAUCCCUCGGGGUGUGCCCGGGCUCUGAUGAGGCACAGCCAGCCCUGGGCAGUGGAGCUGGGCUGGGCUUUGCUCUCUGGCAGCUCCUGGUGAUGCUCAGGCCCAGCAAUUGUACAUUCCAAGGUGGCAGUGCAGCCCUGUGCCACUGCCCCAGGCAAUAACAGCCCUGAAUGCUCUGUACUGUAAUUCACCUGCUCCAGCACUGAGCCAGCCUCAGCUCCUGCCUCGUGGGCACCUGAGUCUGUGCCUGCUGAAUUCCUGUCCCUCAGAUCCCAGAGGCUGUGCUGGGGUGAGUGCUGCUCUGUGCUGCAGCCCCUGUGUCCCACACCCCCCAGGGCCAGGUGACUGCUGCUCCUGCCAGGUGUGAUGGAUGGCAGCUCCCCUGGAGGCCUCCAGGCUUGGAGAUGCUGAGGAAGCAGCAGCACACAGUUGCCAGCUCUUGGGGUGUCACUGGCAGCCAGCCCUGGAGCUGGGGUGGCUCUCCAGGACAGCCUGGUGGCCUCAGCAGCACAGAGCGUGUCCCCAGGCAGUGCUGGCCCUGCAGAAUGUACCAGGGGCCCUGCAGCAGGUGACAAAUCCCUCUGUAGUCUCAGAGACCACACUGGGCUUGGGGGUGCAGUUUGUCUGCACCCCUGCCUCUGCUGGUGAUCAAGGCCCUGCUCUUUUAAUCACCAUUUUUCUGUUUGCUUGGGGUUUAAGCCAUCAUUGAAAUCACUUCUUCCAAAGCAUAAUGUGCUCUUAACAUGGGAAUAGCAGAUUAUUAUUUUUUUUCCUGGUUUCUGUCUUCCCUCUGUGAAUUAAGUGAAGCUGGGGGAUUCCCUUGACAAUUUUAAACAACUUCUCCUUCAGUAAUUCCAUAGAAAUGGAAUUUCUGGCACCCAGAAACUCCGAGGGAGUUCUUGCACCGGAGUCAGGAUGAGCAGGGACAUCCCAGCAGGUGGAAGCAGAAUUUCAUUGAUGGUUGGGAAUCAGAGCCACGUUUUCUUUGCAUUUCCCACCCCACCCCACCCAGCUACAGCUUUUUUGAGCCCUGGUUUUGUAUCAAACCUGAGGGUUUCUGGCAGCUCCACUGGCCCCACUUGGUCCAGGAUGCCUGAAAGGCAGAGCUGUAGGAAGGAAAAUGAGUUCCCUGUUCUCAUAAUCACCAAAGUGACUUGCUUUGCUUUUCUUUUUUCUUCCUUUUUUUUUUUCCUUUAUUUUUAAAGGUGAAAGUGAGCUGAUCAAUACUAACCUAGAACAAGUUUUCUAUCGUGGAGCUUUUUUAAAGCAAAUUUGAUUUACUGUACUUGAGGUUUUUUGCAGCCAAAUCUUUUGCAUUCCAGGGGAGGGGGAAAUAUUUGCUACAUAAACAAGUCAAAAAAUCUCUCUUGGGUUUUCUGUGGGCAAAGGAUGGGUUCAUGCCAGGAAGACACUACUUGUCUUAUAAGGCAUAAUUUAUCUGUCUGGAUAAAUGCUCUUUAUGGUGUCAUUUCCCUGCAGUCCCUCCUGGAAAGGGGGGAAAAUUCUGAUGGAUCAAGGAGGAGCAAACCUGGAGCUGUGAACACUAAAACACCACUUUUUUUUUUUUAAUUUUAUUUUUGUAGGAUCCUUUUUUAUUAUUAUUAUUAUUUCUAUUUUCAUUCAGGCAGUUUGUCACCAGGUGCUGGUUUUGAGGUGUUGGGGCUGGGAUUGCCCCCUCUGAGCUGGGAAAGGCUCAGCUCUGUGACAUGUUCCACAUGAUCAUGGUUUAUAUGAAUUUUAUGGCAGGGAGGAGAGGUGAUGCUCUGAAGGCUGUGUUGUGAGUGGGUUCUGAGUAGAACAGAGAUGUUGUCCAUGAAAAUUCCCUUUAACAGCCUCCCCCUCCUUAAUCACAUAUCAAACCUGAAAGAAUUCAAUGGUGAGAAGCUUUUAGAGGUGACAGUGAAGAGUUUGACCCUCUCUGUGUAAAGUGACAGCACUACUGAGCACACACCCUGCAGAAACACAAUUUUACAAGGUUUCUAUUAGGAAAGAACUUUCAAUCUCCAAAUAUCUGUUAAAAAUAUCAGCAACAAGCUGUAAAGGCACAUGGCUGACAGGGCCACGUAUAGAACUGGAAACUGUGACAUAGCAGAGAACAUUUGUGUCUCAGAUGAUUUGAGUUUGCCCUAAAAGUUGGGGUUUGGUGCAGAUCCCAGGGCAGGGGAGAAGGCUGAGAGUGUGGGGUGAGUUUUGGGGCAGAGGGGAGGGAAAUUGAUUUGGGUGGGCUGAAGGGACACUGAGCAGGGGCUCUCCUGGGGGGGCUGCUGGGGAGAGGAUGGAGAGCCCCAAGAGAGGGUGGAGAGCCCCAGGAGAGGAUGGAGAGCCCCAGGAGAGGAUGGAGAGCCCCAGGAGAGGAUGGAGAACCCCAGGAGAGGGUGGAGAGCCCCAGGAGAGGGUGGAGAGCCCCAGGAGAGGAUGGAGAACCUCAGGAGAGGAUGAGGACCCCAGGAAAGGAUGGAGAACCCCAGGAGAGGAUGGAGAGCCCCAGGAGAGGCUGAAGAACCCCAGGAGAGGGUGGAGAGCCUCAGGAGAGGGUGGAGAACCCCAGGAGAGGAUGGAGAACCUCAGGAGAGGGUGGAGAGCCGCAGGAGAGGAUGGAGAACCCCAAGAGAGGAUGGAGAACCCCAGGAGAGGGUGGAGAACCCCAGGAAAUAAUGAGGACCCCAGGAGAGGGUGGAGAGCCCCUGGAUUGCAGCAGGAGGGUGCUGGCAGCAUGUCCUGGCUGGGUUUGGCCCCUGGGCUGCUGUCCCCACCCUCAGGCCCUGGGGUGUAAAUGCUGGGACAGAAUUUAAUGCACACGACACAAGCAGGGAGGAAUCAGUUUGGGAUUUUUGAAUUCCCCCCCUCUCAGCCCUCUGUGCCAUUCCUGCUCAGCUCUGGCUGGGAGCUGAUGCCAGGAGAACCUUUUUUACCCUGUCAGUGACAGCUCUGUUUGACACAGCUCAGAUUUUUCUACUCUUUCUUGUCACUUCUGCCCGAGCCAGAAGUAACACCCCAGUGAAAGUCACACUCCUGAAGAGCUUGAAGGGCAGAGAGGCACAAACCCCCGAGCCUGCCAGGGCAGGGAGCCCCACAAAGCCCCAGGUGUGCUGCAGGUCCAUCUGGGGCACUGCAGAAGGAUGCUCAGGGUCUUCUUCCCCACCCCAGUGACAGCUGCUCCUUCAGAGCCCCCCAAAUGUCCCCUGGCAGGUUUUGGGGUCCCUCACUCAAGGCACAGCUUGGGAUCCAUUUUCUGGGAGCCUUUGCUUCUCUGGAGCUGGGGAGUAGUUUGGAAAAUGAAUUGGUGGUGUGAUAAGUUGGCUUUUUAAUAGACACCUUAAAUUUGGGGUGUAGCAACACCAAAAAACCUCAGCCCAGGAGCAACCAAACCAACCCCAGCUUUUCUUUGCCUUCCACAGAAAGUUUGGGAAGGAAAGAAGGAAUCUUUGGAGCAACUGUGCAUAAUGUUUGGUGAAGGUCAAUGAUAACUUGAUAAAAUAUUGCUGUAGUGUGAUGUGCUUCUGCAUAUAUAUCCAUUGCUAGUAAAUAAUGUUAAAUCUUUUUCUUUUUUUUUUUUUUUUUUUGAAAGUAUUAAAACUACAGAAAUACUCUUUGUUACAAUGGUGGGAUGCUUUUAGCCAUGGAGUUCUGGAAGCAUUUUUGCUGUGUAGGUGUUGACAAAGUGAAUGCUGAAUGUUUCUCCAUGUCUGUGAUGCUUCAGAAAUGGAAGGGGCAGCUGCAUUUCUGGCUCUGGAGCUCUCUUUUCCAAACUUUUCCAUGUUCCUGUACAGAUAUCUGAGACCCUGCACCUUAUGCAGAGAAUGUUUACAUUUAAAAAAAAAGGAAUUUUUCUUUUUUUGGCUUUUUCCCUGUGCUGCUCAGAUCCUGUUACUUUGAAAUGAAAGUAGUCUCUGUUAAAAAAAGGGGCUCUUUUUUGGACUUUUUUUGUUUUUUUUUUUUUUUUUGCCUUUGCCCUUCCCUGUAAUCAAAUCCCUCCUGGAUUGUGGCUGGAAGCUCUGGGACAGCUUGGACUUUUCUGGGGUGGGAUUAGAGGUGCUUGAGAAAGGUGUUUUUAUAAAACCCUGCCUUGGCUGUGGGGAUGAGCUUUGUCCACGCUGCAGCUUCCCUGGAAAGCAGCAAACCCUGACCCUGGCAGAUUCCCUGGGAAGCCUCGGGAUGGAAUUCCCAGCUCCCACUCUUGUGUGUCCUCCCCAAAGGAUGAAUGUCCUGCUGUUCCCUCUGCAGCCACAAACACUCGUGCUGGUUGGGAUGCACAGAUCUGCUCCAGGAUUUCCCUUCCCAGGAGCUGUUUGGGAUCGCUGUGGGUGCCUCUCCUCUCCCAGAUUCCACCCGUGGGGAUGGACUUGGAGCUCUCCUUCCUUCCCAAGGGGGACACUUCACUGAGCCUACAGCAGGCAGGCAGCUGGAAAAUGAGAUCUUUUAACCAAAAGGCUCCUUCAAGUGGACUUUGAGACUUUUACCCAACUGUCUGCUGGAUUUCCCAUGGAGAAUCUGCCCCGACCCUCCGAGCAGGGGUCGGCCCGGGGGAACUCUGGAUUUGUCCAUUUUCCACGUGAAGUCCACUCAGCCAGAGCCAUGGGGCAAAGAGACAACUUCAGAUCCUGACUCCUGCCUUAAAACCUCUCGUUCAUCCUGACUCCAGCAGGUCCUGCACCUGCUCACUCCCAGGUCCCUUUUUCUUCCGUCAGGAAAUCGGAAUCCGCUCCAAAGGCUGGAGACAGCUCAAGGCAGUGGAAAACAAAAGGAACUGGAGCUGGUGGCUUUCUGAAAACAACAAACUGGUCUUGGCUUAAAACCCCUAUUUGUGCCUCUCAAGUCCAGGGAAUGUUUCAAAAGAGGCGGAUUUGAGCAGGACUGCGCCGGUGGCACUCGGUGACACCUGGUGGCACUUGGUGACACUUUGCUCCCGUGUGCUCUGAGCAAGGGACUCGGCUCUGUGUCCUCUCUGCCUCGUGGGAAUGGCUUUCAAAGAUGGCUGGUACCAUCAAAUUUGUACUUCUUGAAUAAAUACCUUCAUUUUUAUGGAAA